GCAUGCACCUCAUUAACCUUAAGAAACUCGCAACUUUUCUAUUAUAUCAUCAUAUAUCUCCCAACUCAUCACUCGCUCUUGAACCAUCACCGCACCAAAAGAAAAUGUCGAACUUCGAUGCCCACACGCACCUCGGGAUCUCCAUCAACCCCGACGGCACCGUCACGCGCCUCUUCAACUCUCCGACCACCGCCGCGAACCCGGAGCCCUUGCCGGGAACCCCUACCGUCUCCAAGGACGUGACCAUCGACGCCAACAAGCAAACAUGGGUUCGGAUCCUCCGUCCCGUGAAGCUGCCCUCCAACGACAACACGGUGGCGCGGCUACCCAUCUUGAUUUACUUCCACAGCGGCGGCUUCGUCUUCCAAAACCCCGACGACUUCGCCACCAACCGGAAGUGCGUGCAGAUCGCCGCCGACAUCCCCUCCAUCGUCGUCUCCGUCGGUUUCAGGCGGGCGCCGGAGCACCGCCUCCCCACGCAGUACCACGACGCGCGCGACGCCGUGCUGUGGAUUAAUAGCCAACUCACUGACCCCAACGGAGAGAAGUGGCUUAAGGACUAUGGAGACUUUUCCAGAAGCUACCUCUAUGGCUGUGGCUGCGGUGCCAACAUUGCCUUCAACGCUGCCAUCAAGCUUGCUGACGAUAAUUUGGAGCCUUUAAGGAUUUGUGGGGUGGUAAUGAACCAACCCAUGUUUGGAGGGGAAAAGAGGGCAGGAUCAGAACUCAAAUAUGCCACAGAUCAAACGUUGCCAUUACCCGUGUUGGACUUAAUGUGGAGACUGGCUCUGCCUGAGGAGACAGAUCGUGAUCAUAGGUAUUGUAACCCCAUGGUGAAGGGUCCUCACCAAGAUGGUGUUAAGAAGUUAGGGAGGGUCCUCGUUAUAGGGUAUGGUGGGGACAUCAUGGUGGAUCGGCAACAAGAGUUUGUGACCAUGUUGGCCAAGUGUGGAGUGCAAGUGGAAGCACGAUUUGACCAAGUGGGGUUCCAUAACAUUGACAUGGUGGAUCCUGCUAGGGCUGCCGCGGCUGUAAAUAUUGUCAAGGACUUUAUUCUUGGUUGAGCUAAUAAUAAUUAUUGUAAAGCUUUGUAGUUUUCUUCAAUUUUUGGUUGGAGUCUUUCUGGUUUUCAAAAUUUUAAUUAUGAAAGUUUUGUAAUCAUGUCAUCAUCAUGUCCCUAUAAAUAAGCAUCAAUUGUUUCAGUUGUA